AUGCAACUUGUCCACAACUUUCGGGGAAUUCAUCUAUAUCCCGGUGCUACUAAGUUUCUACUAAGUUUCAACCCUGGUCCGGUACUCAGAUUGAAAUUCUCAAGCAAGUCCGAAAAAGCUCUAUACCAUUAUUGUAUUGUCGAGAAUGGUGCCUACUUCGAUUGGUCUCAAGCCCAAACCAACAAGGGCUGUAACUUUGCAGAGCACAUUUUCCAGCACGUAAGUUUCAAACACCCUCCAGAUUUUGGUAAAUAUAUUGUUACCAAACAUAUCACUACGCUCUUAGGUUACAUCGACAUGGCUGAUUGGAGGUGUUCAUUAA